AUGGAACAACACUACAUCAAGCAAUGGAACGACACUACAGCAAACAAUGGAACAACCCUACAACAAGCCAUGGAACGACACUACAACAAACACUUGAACAAGACUACAACAAACAAUGGAACAACACUACAACAAGCAAUGGAACAACACUGCAACAAGCAAUGGAACGCCACUACAACAAGCAAAGGAACAACACUGCAACAAGCAAUGGAACGACACUACAACAAACAAUGGAACAACACUACAACAAGCAAUGGAACGACACGACAACAAGCAAUGGGACGACACUACAACAAGCAAUGGAACAACACUCCAACAAGUAAUGGAACAACACUACAACAAGCAAUGGAACGACCCUACAACAAGGAAUGGAUCGCCACUACAACAAGCAAAGGACCAACACUGCAACAAGCAAUGGAACGACACUACAACAAACACUUGAACAACACUACAACAAACAAUGGAACAACACGACAACAAGCCAUGGAACGACACUACAACAAACACUUGAACAAGACUACAACAAACAAUGGAACAACACUACAACAAACCAUGGAACAACACUACAUCAAGCAAUGGAACGACACUACAGCAAACAAUGAAACAACACUACAACAAGCCAUGGAACGACACUACAACAAACACUGGAACAACACUACAACAAACAGUGGAACAACACUACAACAAACAAUGGAACAACAAUACAACAAGCAAUGGAACGACACUACAGCAAACAAUGAAACAACACUACAACAAGCCAUGGAACGACACUACAACAAACACUGGAACGACACUACAACAAGCAAUGGAACACCACUACAACAAGCAAUGGAACAACACUACAAUAAGCAAUGGAACGACACUACAACAAGCAAUUGA